AUGGACAACAACAUUCCACGCAACACACCCGCGCUUCUAGCGCGUAUCGAUCAACUGCGCAACAGCCUCUUCAACAGAUUCGAAAAACUACUUGAACAAGCACAGAAUGAAAAGAAUGAUCGCAAUAGUACGGCUCUGAGUCAAUAUCAGACGCAGAUUGAGACUGCUGCUUUGAUACGCACGAGUGAGGACAUUCUGGCUCUUACACGCCAGAUGCAAGAGCUUUGGUUAUUCGGACAGCUAAAGACACUGGACAAGAACGAUAUCCAAGCACGUAUCGAUGGGGAUGCUAAAGAAGUCGCCGAAAUGCUUGCUGUGCUUGUUGGUGGCAGUAAAGACGAGGAUGCCAUGAAAGUCGAAGCUUGA